CUCAUAAGUCAUUGAUGCGUUACUAUUGUUUGAGCGUAUAAAUAAACGUAAAAGCAGUCAAAUACAACAAGUGUUUGUUUGUCAUUUGUUAAGGAAAGGUAGAUUUACUACAAAUUCCAAAAAUGGUGUCUUUGUGGACUCUGACGACUUUUCUCGCAUUGGGAUAUACAAGUAUCGACUAUGUUCAAUCGUGUCAAUUGGAGACAUCAGCUGCCAGUGGCAAAUGUAUGAAUGUAUUGAAGACGGAGGAUUUAGAGCAAGAUGGUUGGAGGAUGGUAUUUAGAGGGACAUCUGGCAAUGGUCAUAGUGUUUACCAUGCUUGGAUUGACGGAAAGAAUUCAAAUCCAGACAAACCAAUUUCAAUGAAACGUUCUCAUGGUUUACAUUAUCGAGAUAACAUCUUAUACCACUGGUCUCACCUUGGUAUCAAGCUGGUUAAGUUUGCAUUCUAUGAUGCUGACAAAGAAGUGGCAUACGUGACUUUCAACGGGGUGGACAGCGACAUACGCAGCUGGUUUGAUAGGAAACGUGUGAUCGAUUCAAGCUGGGGAGACCUGACGUUUAGUGCCUUCAACUAUUUCUCUAUUACAGGUCACUAUGCAAAGGACCUUGAUCGCCGUUUCUUCAUCAACAGAAGUUAUGGGGGAUGUCCAAAUGACCGAGGCUACCUUGCAGUUAUCAAUUCAGCUGUUCCCUCUCCUCCAUGUUUGUUUGAUGACCACCCAUCCUAUCCAGCGUUUAUAUAUUCAAAAUAUAAUUCGGUCGACUUCUUCCAGAGGAGAAUGUUUGGUAUUGCAGAUUUCAUGGUGGUUUUAAUAAAGACAUGAAUGUUGCGUUUCAAUUCCUAAAAAUCCGACGGCAUCAUAUAUUUGCUUAUUCUUUUCUUAUAAUAUACUUAUUAACUUUUUUCAAUAUAUCAAAUUAACAAUGUAUCUGAUAUAAACUGUAAAUUGUAGUUUUAAGACUCUUCUCUGGUUUAUUUUUCUGACAUAUCUAAACAAAUCUGUGGCAUAUAUACAACCUGAUUAGUACUGUGAUCAUGUGCAUGUACA